GCUUGGGGCGCUAUCAAUGGCAUCCAUCAUCGUUCUCGUCGACGUCGGGGGGCGGCAAUCUCUGACUCGCGGCUUCGGCGUGUACAAACAGUGGCUGGUCCAUUGUCGGACUCUGUUGACGGUCCUUGGGGGGUGACAAACACCCCGCCUAUAUAAUGGCUUGUCGGCGGCCUCAUCAUGGACAGCACCGACGCUCUCCCGCCCCCGCCCCGCCCUCAGCCCGCAUCCCCGCCUCUUCGGCUUACUGCUUUACCACCCUCCGUUAUUCAAACUCCUCUACACUAUGUCCAGUUCACAGAGAUCCUCUCAAUGGUCGGGUCAUCAUCAGCCUUCGCCGACCCCGUCCGGAGGUAGCGAGACCCUGGUGGGUACUCCGGGCGGCCGCAGCUAUAAGUCGACCGCGACCUCGCCGACUUUGCGCGGAGAUACAAUUGGAUCGUUCACUCCACCAGCAGGCUCACACAAACCACUCAGCAAAAGUUACAUAAACGCUCUCCUCGCUGAAAACGCUUACCAGCUUGCCUUCGACGUUCGCUACGGGUCUCAAAGUGUCCGUGUCGCGGCAGGACAAUAUGGACUGGAUGCAGAAAUUUAUCACCACCAGCGCGUAGCGCAAAUAUCUAUUCUCGUCUGGGAUAUCUUCGUUGUUGACGUCUUCAGUCGUAACGGAGGUCUCACUGUUCGAGAGGUCAUCGAUGGAAUUUCCAAUGGGCUUUUGUACCCUCUUUCCCAAGAAGAGAUCGGCAAGGUCACUCGCAGGGGUACCCACGUCCGUAUCGUCCCUGGACAAACUAGAAGAAUCGAUGUUCUCCCAUGUUUUAAAUUUGGCGGGCUUGUGACUACUAGUCCAUACAGUGCUAUCAUGCAGCUGUGGCCGUAAGUCUCAUGGUGCUUGACAUCCCCAUCCUUCGGUGACUUCGGACGAUCAUUACCACUACUCUCCUUCCCUCAAAAUUGGACUUUUGGUUCCAGGCGCUUUGGACGUUUGUCUUUGGUCAACGGACCCGCUGACUGGUCUAGAGCCUAUUGCUAGACGGCCUAACCAUGAACACUCUAUUCUAUUCUGUCUUAUUCUGUUGUAUCAUCAGGCUUCUCUCAUUGUAUCGCUACGCAUUCAACCUCCACUCUCCCAUCUCUACCGUGGACUUGAACUCGAAUUCUCCAUGUACUUCUAGUCUUGCUUUGUCUCAUUGCUGUGUCGCUAUCGUUCAAGCUUCAUUUCUCUAUCUUUAGUAACUCCCCUCCUGAUGUCAUGUAUCUUACAUAUUGUUAUCUAUUCAAUCUCCUCUCAUCGU